ACGAGGGCGAGCAUGACGAUCGGGCAGAACGAUCAUUUGGACUUCUUAAUUCUGUUUACGAACAUUUGGUUUCAGUAUAGCAUCAUCCUGGACCCUCAUCGCUGCCCGUCAAAGAUGCCGCCGAAUAUACCCGCCUUGCACAUCUACCCCUUUAUUGAAUCGACAUGCACCUGCAUAUACACACAUCAACAACACUCGCACGCACAGACGUCGAUUACUAGUGCUAACCCUCAUCGCAUGUAUUCCUGGCAUACAUCCCUUUUUUCCCUCCAUUCUGGACACUAUCUUAGAAGCGCAUUUUGUUCUUUUUUCUUCUGGCGUAUUGAACGAACUUUUUUUGUUGCGCCACCCUUCCCCGACGUCUUUGGCUGCUGGAUACAUCUUCAUCGUCAUUCCUUUAUUUCUUCGAAGGGUUGGGCACCUUUAUUCCUUUAGUUGUAUAUCGCAAUACAAUUUUUGCUCAAGGUCACAGACAACUC